AGUCCCUGCGUGACGAACCACUGCUGCCGGUGGCGGGACAUGCCGGGCUGCGGCAGGAGCCGCCAGCUGCUAACGAAAGCGAAAGCUGCUACCGUCACGCGCAUAAGACGUCACGCUCCGCGCGCCCGGCAGUUGUUGAUCUCGUCGCCAUGGUGAAGUGCGCCCGCCCCUUAAAAGUCACCGCCCUAGGGGCCGGGUCUGUUGUUGCUGACGGAAGCGAAGAUGGCGGCGGCCGCCUCCGAGUUGUUGACGGGAUGGUGCCUCUUCGGUCUGGCUCUGCUGGCUAUUCUCAUUUUCUGCUGGGUUUACGUACGCAAGUACCAGAGUCGGCGGGAAAGUGAAGUGAUUUCUACCAUAACAGCUAUCUUCGCAUUGGCAGUUGCUCUUAUCUCAUCAGCUCUACUACCAGUGGACAUCUUUUUGGUUUCAUAUAUGAAAAAUCCAAAUGGUACAUUUAAGGACUGGGCUGAUGCUAAUGUUUCAAGACAAAUUGAAGACACUGUACUUUAUGGAUACUACACUUUGUACUCCAUCAUACUGUUCUGUGUCUUUCUGUGGAUUCCCUUUGUCUAUUUCUAUUAUGAGGAGAAGGAAGAAGAUGAUGGCAACACAUGCUCACAGAUGAAAACUGCAUUCAAAUAUACUCUGGGAUUCAUCACAAUUUGUGCAGUCCUCCUUUUAAUUGGUGCUUUUGUUCCUUUGGAUAUUCCUAACAAGAAGAAUUCCACAGAGUGGGAGAAAGUCAAGCUCCUGUUUGAAGAAUUUGGAAGUAGUCAUGGCUUGACUGCUCUUUCAUUUUCCAUUAGUUCCUUGACUGUGAUUGGAAUGUUGGCAGCUAUCACGUACACAGCUUAUGGUAUGUCAGCUUUGCCUCUAAACUUGAUUAAGGGAACUACCAGUGCAGCUUAUGAACGUUUAGAGAACACUGAAGAUAUUGAAGAAGUGGAGCAACGUUUAUUAAGGAUUAAAUCAAAGUGCAGAGAUGGUCGGCCUCUGUCAUCAAGGGAUAGACGAACUGUACAACAACUAGAAGAGAGACUAAGGACACUUCGAAGAAGGGAAAGGCACCUGGAAUCAAUUGAGAAAAGCUGGUGGACGAAGUUCUGUGAAGCUAUCAGACCUCUAAAGAUUGUGUGGGGAGUAUUCUUCAUCAUCGUGGCGCUGCUCUUCACUGUCUCUUUGUUCUUGUCCAAUUUGGACAAAGCUCUGCAUUCGGCUGGUUUCGACUCAGGAUUUAUAAUUUUAGGAACUAAUCUGACCAAUCCAUUGAAUAUGCUGUUACCUGUUCUUCAAACAGUUUUUCCACUUGAUUAUAUUCUUAUUACAACUAUUGUUAUGUACUUUAUCUUCACUUCAAUGGCAGGGAUUAGAAAUAUGGGUAUAUGGUUCUUCUGGAUAAGGCUUUAUAAAAUCAGAAGAGGAAAAACUCGACCUCAAGCACUCUUGUUUCUCUGUAUGAUACUUCUGUUGAUAGUUCUUCAUACAAGUUAUAUGAUAUACAGUCUUGCCCCGCAGUAUGUAAUGUAUGGAAGCCAAAAAUACCUGGUACAGAGUAAUAAGACAAUUGAUGGCCAGACAAGGAAUGUGACAACAUUUAUAUCUAAAGUCUGUGAUGCAGAUGCACCUGAAGAUCAGUGUAUUGUUACUCGGACAUACCUCUUUCUUCAUAAAUUUUGGUUCUUCAGUGCUGCCUAUUACUUUGGGAACUGGGCAUUCAUUGCAGUCUUUUUAAUUGGAUUAAUUGUUUCCUGCUGCAAAGGCAAGAAAUCAGUCAUUGAAGGUGAAGUGGAUGAAGAUGAUUCAGACAUGAGUGAUGAUGAACUGUCUGUUUAUUACCGUUGAUAGCCUUUUGCCUUCAAGAUGAAAAACAUUAUUUAAUGUUAUGUUGAAAGUCAUAACCAUGUGGAAAUUGUAUCCAAAUAAGCAUCCUUGCACCUGUAAAAAUAGAGGAAAUAAGUGUACUCACUUAAAGGGGUAAAAAAUGAGUAUCACUUUGAGUAUCACUGUUAUAUCAGAACAAAUAUUGAAGCUGGCUUUGAAUAAUAUAUUAAAAAAUGGUUUAUCAUUAAAUUCGUAUGUAACUGUCUGAUGUAUAAUUUGAUGAAUUACUGUAACAAUUUCAUUAUGCUUUUCUGUUAACUUAGGUUUUCUUAACUACUUUCAUGCCUAACUUGUAGGACAUUUUUAUUCAAUCUCAUAAAUAGAACUAGCUAAAAUCCAGCAAUACACCUGGUGGAAACAUUGCUAGAAAGAUUUGGAUGAGGUUUAGACUGUCAGAAGGAUGUGACUUUUGCAUUACUUUGCUGGCAUUUCUGGAUUUCCUUUAUGAAGCUAUAGUUAAAAAGAGACUGUCCUUAAAGUAUGCCAAAAACAUGUACUUAAGUGGUAAGUUCCUGGUCUGUGAAGAAUAAAUCAUUUUCUUACUGUUAUCUCCACUGAGUUACCAUGGGAAUCCUCAGUAACUAUGAGGUGGAUUUUGCUCUAUGAAAGGAAAUAAUUAUUGUAAAUGACCAUAUUCAGCAUUGUCAGUGUUUUAGUACAGUUCAGUUAUGAAACUGCCAGGUGCCUGACUUAGUAAUAAUCAACAGAAUAAUGAAGAUGUGAUUUUUAACUUAUUUUUCUCUUUAAUGCAAAUUGUUUUGUUUGAGGUUUUCUUUCAAUAUUUAAUUUAAAUGUUGUCAACUUGUUUACAAGUCAAUAUGUUUAUAUAAAUAGAGUUCAUAAAUAUUUUUGUCAUUUCUCUUGUCCUUGUAAUGUUGUUUUAGCUAUAUAGUUACUGAGUUCUAUUUCUAAGACUGAAAAAUAUUUUCUGAUACCAAGUAUCUAUUUCUAUGAAAGAGAAAAUGUUUACAGGUUUUUAAACUUCUAAUGCUACCUGAGGGAAAUUCUAGUCCAUGCAAGCACAUGGAAAUGUGAUUUAGGUAAACUUCUAGUAAGAGUAAUUGUUGAAUAAUCAUUGAAAUUUAGCAGAAUUAUUAAUGUCCUGAUUACAUGUUUGCAAACUCUUAAAACUGACAAGUUUCAGUUAUUUCAAAACCAGUCUUCCUCUUCCUGCAGUAUUUCAGAACAGUGAGCUCUCAGGAACUUCUAGAUUUUAAUUUAGUUUCAGUAUUUCAGGAGGUCUUAAGUAAGUUGCUUAGUUAAUGUGCAUGAACACAAGGAACUGGUGUUUGGGCUCUUACAGGAACAAACAAAACUGAAGUAUUUUAACCAGCCUUCUGUGCCAACUGCUCUACUAAUAUGCAUGUUUAUGUGGCAAUCUGGAAGAAUCCCUGAUGUUGUAGCUUUAUCAUAAGCUGCUAAUAUGCAGUCAAGUCUGCUCAACUAAUAGCAAUCCAUCUGUUUGCUACCAGUGAGACACUUGAAAGGACAAAUAUAUUCAAACACUGAUGGUAGGUACAGAAACUUGACCAGGCAGUCUGAGCUCCCUUUGACUAGAAUUAGCUAAACACUAUUUAAAUAUGACCACUGGGGAAACUUGCAAGUAAUUAUUUAUAAGGAGUUCAAGUAACUCAAAUGAAAGGUAGGACCUGAUGUUGACUGGAAGCCGCAUCCAGGAGACAUCAAGAAGUUAGAAUAUACUUCUUUGUGGAUGCCCUGGUGGAAAACGUACAUGAGCUAAUUUAAAUAAAGUUACCUGCUCAGAUA